UCCGGCAUCGCCGCCGCCCCCUCCUCCCCACCCUCUGCCCCGCCGCGUCCCCGCUCCUACCGCCACAGCCAGCUCUAAGAUGCCCCGCUAUGAACUGGCUUUGAUCCUGAAAGCCAUGCAGAGGGAGGAGGUCUGCUUCUGCUUCCACUUUGCCCUCUCAGUUUACAGAACGAUCUCUUCUGGUGCUGAGCCAUGCAAGUACAGCCUGAGACUGCAGCUGUGCUGAAGCGCACUGUUGAGGCUCUUAUGGAGAGAGGAGCCAUUGUGAGGAACCUAGAGAACCUGGGAGAAAGGUCUCUACCCUACAAAAUCUCCAGGCACAAUGAGCGCCACAGAAGAGGAGGGUAUUUUUUGAUAGACUUAGAGGGUCCACCUUCGAUUGUAUCGACCAUGAUGGAACAUUUAGGACGGGAUAUUGAUGUAAUUAGACGUGCUUUUGUAAAGUAUCCUCCAUCAAAGACAGAAGAAUGCAGUGGCAUAAUCCCAGUCAACUAUGAAGAUAAACUAAAGGCCAAGAAGUGAAUAUUCCAAAUAGCAUGUUUGAAAACUUGAAAGAUCUUUUUUCUUUUUUGUUCCUGCUGUGGAAAACAAUUAUGAUAACUGAUGUUCAUCAAAAAUAAUCUAUUUUGGCCAUGAUGUGUGUGUGGUAUAGUACAUUAUCUUAAAUUACUGUAAUAUUUGAGAGUGUUUUUGUUUAAAAUAAUUUGAAUAACAUAAUCUGUAUGUUUAUCUUGAUAUUUGACAACUCUGAAAAUUGAUUUUCUUUUCUCUUAGAGCAUUACAUUGAUAAUGAAGAUUUAUCCAUCAUCAGAAUGCUAAAAAUAGCAUUCUUUUCCAAAGACAGAUUACUUCAGAAUAUGCAUAUUUACAUAGGGGAUUAAGAAGUCUACAGUGUAAAUAUAGCAGUAUAGGAUGUGAUUUGUUGGAGGUUUGGGGUUUUUUUGCUUGUUCUUGGAAAAAGGUAAUAAAAGCGUGAUUAAAAAUAAAA